UGCGCGCAGCUCUGGCCCGCGGCGGCCGAGGCGGCGGCGCCGGAGCCCGAGGCGGCUGGCCACCGAGAAGAGCGCGGAGCCGCGCCGGCGCCCCGGGUCCCCGCUGGAGCGCGGGGGCCGUCUAGAGCCGGGCGCGUCGCCCAAACCGGGACCCGCGUCCCUUGACUCUCCCCGCGUCCCGGCCUGCCGGGAGACUGCUUAUCUGUUGACGGGCUUCGGGGAUCCGGACGUGGCUCGGCUCGGAGCGCGCCCCGCGACCUAUAGGACUCCAGCCCUGGCCGCGGCGGCCGCUCGCGCCCUCGGAGGACUCGGCUGGCUAGGGGCGCGCUGGUGUCGGUGUGAGCCGCGGGUCGGCCGGAGGUCGCUUCGGAGGAGGGUCGGCGGAGAGGAGGUCUAGGAGUCUCCGUGAAGCAUGGAGGAGAAGGAUUCCAAGCCCAGCGAGGCGGCGGCGGAGGCGCAGAGGCAGCCGGAAUCCAGCCCCGGCGGCGGCACGGGCGGCGGCAGCAGCCCGAGUGAUGCGGACACCGGCCGCCGGCGGGCUCUGAUGCUGCCCGCGGUCCUGCAAGCGCCGGGCAACCACCAGCACCCGCACCGCAUCACCAACUUCUUCAUCGAUAACAUCCUGCGGCCCGAGUUCGGCCGCCGAAAGGACGCGGGGACUUGCUGUGCCGGCGCGGGCGGAGCAAGAGGCGGCGAGGGCGGCGCUGGCGGUACAGAGGGAGGCAGCGGCGCGGGCGGAGCCGAGCAGCUCCUGGGGUCGGGCGCCAGGGAGUCCCGACCGAACCCAGCGUGCGCACCCAGCGCCGGAGGGCCGCUCUCCGCCGCCGCCGGCGACUCUGCGGCCGACGGAGAAGGGGGCUCCAAGACGUUGUCGCUGCACGGCGGUGGGAAAAAAGCCGGCGACUCCGGGGGUUCGUUGGAUGGAGCGCUCAAGGCCCGGGGCUUGGGCGGCGGUGACCUUUCGGUGAGCUCGGACUCGGACAGCUCUCAAGCCAGCGCCACCCUGGGCGCGCAGCCCAUGCUCUGGCCGGCUUGGGUCUACUGCACGCGCUACUCUGACCGGCCUUCUUCAGGUCCCAGGUCCCGAAAACCAAAGAAGAAGAACCCCAACAAAGAGGACAAGCGGCCCCGCACGGCCUUCACCGCCGAGCAGCUGCAGAGGCUCAAGGCAGAGUUUCAGACCAACAGGUACCUGACUGAGCAGCGCCGCCAGAGCCUGGCACAGGAGCUCAGCCUCAACGAGUCUCAAAUCAAGAUUUGGUUCCAGAACAAGAGGGCCAAAAUUAAGAAAGCCACAGGCAACAAGAACACUCUGGCGGUGCACCUCAUGGCGCAGGGCCUGUACAACCACUCCACCACGGCCAAGGACGGCAAGUCGGACAGCGAGUAGGGGGGGCGGGCCGGGCCGGCCGGGUCGAGGGCCGCGCAAAACAAUGCAAUAAUUCAAAAACCGUGGACAAAGGGCCAGUGUAUAAAGAUUAUACCAGCAUUAUCUGUGAAAAAAAUCCCAUGUAUUAGCUAUGGUUCUACAAAAAUCUGUGUAUAUAUAAUUUACAGGUGGUGUAAAAUCCAAAAUAUCUGACUAUAAAAUAUUUUUUGAGUUUUUUUGUGUUCAAGAGGUUAUGCUAAUUUUAUUAUUAUUCUUUCUGCAAAGGAGGCUGUUUAGGGUUUCAAAUCUUUCUAUUUCUUCCUUCUAUCCUUCCUUUCUUUUUCUUUUGUUCCCUAAACUCCAUUAUGGGACAUCGGACACUUUUUCUUCCCCAAAAGAAAAAAAAAUUAAAACAACUUGCUAAAGUCCAAAGAUUUUUAUUGCUGCAUUUCACAGGACUGUGAACCGAAAUAAUAGCUCCUAUUUGGUCUGUGGGCUCUGCCGCUUGCUUGGUGCUGGCCAGGCCAGCAUGAUGACUGGAGAGCUCUGGACCCUGGUGGGGAGAGAGGACACCGUUCUUUGGCUGAGGUCUGAGGAAGUCCAGGCAGGCCAAGAGCUCUCCAGGCACCUCUCCACACCUGCCUCCUGCAGCCUCUCUUCCCAGCCACCUCAGAGGCCGGCGCUGGCCACCACCAUGUGUUUGCGUCUUGUCAAUGACCCCUGUCCCGGUAGUAACCUGCCAGCACCAACUCUCUCCCACCUCAGACACUGAGGACGGGCGCUUGGGGCCUUGGGAGAGGUGGAAGUGUGGCCUCAAGGCUUGAAGGCUUUGCUGCAGGGACAGCUAGCCCUGACCCAAAAGCCCCACCAAGGUCGGCCUUGGGGCCUGGCAGAACGAGUUGGCAUUGUCUUUUUUCCCCCCUUUUUCUUCCCUCCUUUUUCUUUUUGACUUCUUUUUGAGUGGUAAAUACAUGUAUGUGUAUAUACUCCUGUCUGCAUGUGCACGCACACCCCAGGCCUGUGUGAAGCUGGGGUUCUGGAGCUCGCAGCCACCUUCAUUUUUCAAAGAAACUUGGAACCCUCCUGAAUCUAGAGGAAGUGUGUAAAUAAUCGUUUCUUAUCACUUUUUGUCUUUUUUGUUUUUUUAAGAAAAUAUACAUUUUAUUUUUGAAGGUGUGGUACUGUGUAAAUUAAAGAUAUUCAAUAUAUCCGUCACCGAGUACAUAUAUAUAUAAGCAAACACGUUAUAUAUGACUUCACAAUGUCUUCUGUUUAGUGUAUGGGAAAAGGUGCCCAAAUGUCCACCUGGGGCCAGCACAGUGGCCGAGGGUGUUCUCGGCUGAGCUAGGAGUCAGGCUGCCGGCCGAGGACUGACGGUGGAUUUCUCUCUUUGCCUUAAACCUCUUUAUUUCACUGCGCCAAUACUUUCACUUUGUACAUAUUAGUGCCAACCUUCUGAAAAGGAAGCUAUAAAAACAAAAGUUGUAAUUUAAGAGUCUGUGAAUAACCAUCUGCUGCUUGGGAAUCAGUGAAGCGACAUGCCUUUUCGCAGGAAGCAAAUCUGUCUUUUUUAAGUUUAUAAGAUGUGCAUUUUACAGUAUCAAAUAUUUAUAAUCUUAUGAGGAAUGGAUGAAUGUUCCCUACUCACAACUGUGGCUAUCAGAAUUGUGAACAUUCCAACCUGUGCAUUUUGUGUGUUUAAAUUCUUGAAAGUUACAUUAAAUAAAAAGAAACAGCUCUUUAU